CCGAAAAUUUGGCGCCGUGAUGGAGUUUUGUUUGCCGGCCAUAUAUUUUUGUCGCAAUGUCUAAUAACAAGUUCUUUUUUGUUUUAAAAGAUUCCCUCAUUGAAAGUGGUGGCGUCAGUUUACGAAUUGUGGCUCUACGAAAUCCGGCUACGACGAAGGCAUCAAAAUAUCUGCUACACCGAGAAGGGCCUGGCCAGAGACAGAGUACUCUGUAUGAAGUGAAUUGUUUUAAUGAGCAACACAGGUCCUGGUUCAUUAACCAGACCGUAUGUUCUAAUGGAAGGAUAUUUUUACCCACUCUCAUCGAUCCGCUGUUUCUGGUCCUUCCGUAUUUGGAGCAGCAUUGCGCGAAACGAGCGGUUCCACUAGAACAAGCCCUAAUGGACGAGGAAUUUCCACACAUUUCCGUGUUACUCGAUGUUCUGAGUCCCGCACGGUUAGGUUUAGUAUCGGAUGAAAAGCGUGCGGGUGAUAUCAUUGCUUACAGGUACAGUGAAGCAAAGGCUUUGGCCUGGUUGGUCAGCAAAUGCCAGCGGUUAAGCGGAGCCGUCAGCAAACAGGAUGGUUCCGCGGCACGCUCCAAAAACUUUGUCAAAGAGGAAAAGGAGAACGCAGCGGAUUUCGAUGAGAAAGAAGCGCUGCACACGGCGUACGGCAUCGUUAGUGACUAUCUCUCGCUGGACCUGGCUAAAAAGCUGUCCAUAGCGCUCGAUUUUCCCGAGGAUGAGAACGUUUCGAAAAAACGAAAGUCCAUCGCUGAUCUGGAAUCGGCGGUAGUGAAAAAAAUUAAAAAGGAAGAACAACACGACACCACUCCCAUCAAGCUGCAAGCGCCGGAAAAGAAAGUUUCUGCCAAGUCCAAAGCGUUGGCAAAGGCCGCCAGUGGGUCUAAAAGUAUAUCAAGCUUCUUCAAGAAAUAAAC